GCGUCCCAGGACCGAAGCGGGUCGGUGCCCCCGUGUGGAGAGAGGGGCGGCCGGGCUCCCUGGACCCGGGCGGCCCCCGGCUGGGCAGGAGGCUGGGGCCAGGGGCCGGCCAUGUCCGCUCGCGCCCCGGUGCCCGCCGCUGCCCCCCGGGAGGACCCGCCCGCCGUGGCCGGCGACCGGGACGCGCUGUUGGCAGUGGCGAGCCGGCGGGCGGAGCAGCCGGCGCCCGGCGAGCGGGAGGGCAAGGAGGCGAGGGAGGAGCGGGCCGCGGCCGCCACCAGCGCGGGGGCGCGGGGAGAGCCGUCGCCGGCGCUCGUGCUGGGACACAGCGUGCCGCAAGCGGCCGUGCCCGUGAGGCCGCUGGCGCUGCACCUGGCACACAAGGCGCGCGCGUCCGGGGGUCCCUUCGGCGGGGAGGCUCCACCGCCGCCGCCGCCUCCUCUGCCACCAGCCCCGCGGGACCCUCCCGAGGACGCCCGAGAGGACCCUGCGGCCGCCGGCCCCGAGGACAAGCCGCCGCCACCGCCGCCAAAGGGGAACCCGUGGACCAAGAAGCUGCCGCAGCACCUGUCCCCCGUGGGCACCGGCGCGCCACCGCCCGCUCAGGACGCCCCGGAGGCCGAGCUCAGUUCCCCAAAAAUUAUAAAAGCGGGAAAAUUCAAGACAAAGAAAUCCAACAAGACUAGUGACUUCAGUGAUAUGGCAAAUUGGCCAACACCAGGUGAAUUAGCGAACACGGGGUCUCAAAGUGUUAUCGGCCAAGGAAAUAAGAAACCACAAAUUAGAAAAGAAAAAGAGAAGAUUGAAAAAAAAAGCAACUGUGAAAGCAAAGAGAACCGGGAAGCAAAACUAGAUGGUCCUGUUGAGAAUGUCAGCGAAGAUGAGGCUCAGUCAAGCAGCCAGCGGAAGAGAGCUAAUAAACACAAAUGGGUACCACUACACUUAGAUGAUGUGAGACCAGAAAGCCAGGAAAGACCUGGGUCCCGGAACAGCUCAAGAUGUCAACCUGAAGCAAAUAAGCCAGCUCACAGUAAUAGGAAAAGUGAUACACGAAGUUGGAGACGGGAUAGAGAAAAGAGAGAUGAUCAAGAUGAAGUAUCGAGUGUGAGAAGUGAAGGUGGCACCAUCCGAGGUUCUGCAAGAGGUCGCGGAAGAGGCCGGGGCCGCGGAAGAGGCCGGGGUCGAGGAAACCCUAGAUUGAACUUUGAUUAUUCCUAUGGUUAUCGAGAGCCAGGGGAAAGAACUGAUCAGCCAUUUCCCACAGAGCUUAACACCAGCAUGAUGUAUUACUACGACGACGGCACAGGUGUGCAGGUAUACCCUGUGGAAGAGACACUGCUGAAAGAGUACAUUAAGCGCCAGAUUGAGUAUUACUUCAGCACAGAGAACUUGGAGCGGGACUUCUUUCUUCGCAGGAAGAUGGAUGAGCAGGGAUUCCUGCCUAUUUCCCUGAUUGCUGGUUUUCACCGUGUGCGAGCUCUCACCACAAACCUUAAUCUCAUCUUGGAGGCACUGAAGGAUAGCACAGAAGUAGAAAUUGUGGAUGAGAAAAUGAGGAAAAAGAUAGAACCAGAAAAAUGGCCAAUCCCAGGCCCUCCUCCACGAAAUGUGCCACAAACAGACUUUUCUCAGUUGAUUGAUUGUCCGGAGUUCAUACCAGGGCAGGCCUUUGGCUCCCAUACAGUCAGGGUGAUGAUCUACUGAUACUCUUGGAUGUCAUAUGAUCGGAAUGUACAGUGGAGUAGGUGACUCCCUGAAAUACCAUGUAAAUAUGAGAGCAAAUCGUACUGCAGAAGCGAGAGUGACCAUACUGUCUUCUGUGCAAGAAUGUCCACGCCCACCCCCUUGUGGAGAAGGUUGGGCCAGCCUGCAGUGGAGAUAACCACCUUUACGAUAAUGAUGACAGACCAGAGGACUGCUGUCGUUACUGUAGGAGCUUCUCCUUUCUAUGUCAUUAGCUUAGGCUGCACGGGCUACUUCAUUCAUGGUGGGAAAGUUCAUUGUUAUCAUUGGGGAAAUACUGCAAAUUCUAUCUUUUGUUUCCAGGCAUUUAUUACUUUGCCCAGAUCAAUAAAGCAGAAAAAGAGAGGAUUGAGUAGCAUUUCCAAAAUUGUUAGGUCCUUUGCUAUUUGACUUGCUCUUUAAUAUAGUAUACUUUGCAUAACUCACAUGUUGUCAUAUUUCACAUGUACUAUAAGAUGUAUUAAUGUGAAUACUUAAGGGGUAAAAAAUUUAAGUUAAAUAAAUGAGGGCAUUUUAUGCUUUAAGAUUGUUAUUUAAGGGCUUUUCUUAUUGUUUUAUUUAUUACUAUUGUGUAUAUAUGAUAUGUGUGUAUAUGAUAUGAGUGUGGGCACAUGUGUGCCAUGGUGUGUGUGUAUGUGUGUGUGUGUGUGGAGGUAAGAGGACAACUUUUGAGAGUUCUUUAUUUCCACUGUGGGAUUCAGGCAUUAAAUUCAGGUGGUCAGAUUUGCACAGCAAGUGCCCUUGCUUUCUGAGCCAUGUGGCUGGUCUCAAAACUGUAUUUCAUACAUUGACAUGAAAGCACUGCCUGCCUAUACAUCUCAUCAUAAGUCAGAAUAAAUCCUUUUUGUCAGGAAUUUGGUCACAGCAAUGAGAAAAGUAACUAAUAAAGAAGAUUGGUACCAAGGAGUAGAACUGUCACUUGAAAAUCCUGACCAUGUGGUUUGUAGGCAUUUGAAACUGGCUUUUAGAAGGGAUAUGAAAGACUUCUAAACUGUAGAGAACCCUUAGAACACUGUAAGUAGAGCUCAGUGGACCAUUCUGGGCUUGUGGGAGACCAGUGUGUCAAUGAAAAAGUGGAAAGUAAACAUUGUGCUAAGGAGUUUUCAGCGAGGGUCAAGGACUUUGGGGGAAGCUAAGCCAAAGGCUGUUUGUGUUUUCUUCUGAUGAAGAAUGUCCAUUCCUGAAAAUGUCAUAGAGUGAUUUGCAAUUUGUUUGGCAAAGGCAGUUUUAAGAUAGCAUCACUGUCCUUUUGAGAUCUAUAACAGGAGAAAGCAGAAAGUUUGGGAAAUGUGCGGUUGGGGAAAUAGGUAGGGGGUGUGUCAUCUGAAGUUGCCAUCAAGCAGGAUGUACACAAAGCUUAAUUGUUAGUCCAAAGUGAGGUAUCUUACAGUCUUCACUAAGUCUGUACCAGUGUGGGUAAAACCUGGAAGUUUCUAAGUUGUGGAAAUGGACAUUGAUUUGAAAGAAGAGCCAGUGGGGUUCCUUGCUAUGUAAACUCCGAAAUGAAAUGUUCACCUGGUUUGGUAACAAAGUUGUACAAAGGCCACUUACAGCAGUGUUAGGAGAGGUCCAGAUAACUCCCCAAUCUGCCAGUAGCACUUGAAUGCUUCAUCCACUUCAUGCUAGUUUAGUAUGCAUUUAAAAUCUAAGAUACAGGGUCAUGGAGAUGUACACCGGAAGCCCACUGUGUGGCUAAAGAGAUUCUGAGACACCAUUGUUUGAAGCUGUGAGGGUUAAGUUACAAAGUAGACUUCCUAGCUAUUGGAAACUCCAGAAUUGUGGGACAUCUGCCAAGGAAAACUAGAAGAGUAGAGUCAUCCCAUGAGAGAGGCUGUUUAUGCUUCAAGCGACAAAGUUGAAGGAGUGGAGCUGCCCGUGGUCACUGGAGCCCAGAUGAUAGUAUCACAGGCCCCAGAUGAUGGGCAUGGAGCUGUAGCGUUUAGUGUUUGCCUGCUAGAUUUGGGUCUUGCUUUGGUCCGAUCUUCCUUUGCUAUACCCCAUUCCUCUCCAAUGGAAUGGGAAUGUUUACUCUGUGCCAUUGUACAUUGGAACUAUGUAACUUGUUUUCUGAAAUUAUAGAGACUCACAAUUAAGAGUUUGCCUUGCAUCUCAGAAGAGAUGUUGGACUUUUGAACACUGUUGGGACAGCUAAAGACUAUUGAGACUUUUGAAGUGAGACUGAAUUCAUUUUGCUUUAUGAGCGUAUGGGGAUCAGAGAUUAAAUGUAAUGGUUUAAAAGUGGUUUGUUUGAGAUUCAAGGUGACAAAGGAAUGUACUUGUGGUGAUUAACCUUCAUUGACAGCCUGACUGGAUAUGUCUGUGAGGGCAUUUCCAGAGAGGUUUAACUGAAGAGGGAAGAGCCAUCCUAAACAUGGGCUGGAUGCUUAGCCUGUACCAGCAUUCAUCUCUCUGUGCUUCCUGACUGUAGACGCAGUGUGACCAGCCACCUCAUGUUCCCAUCAAUCACCAUGUCUUCCCUGCCAUCAUGGACUCAACCCCUCAAACUGUGAGCCAAAAUAAAUCCUUCUUCCCUUAAGUUGCUUCUUGUCAGAUGUUUUGUUGCAGUGAUAAAAAGGUAGCUAAUACACUGCCUAUCAGUGAAGAGUAAUGGUCAAAUCAAAAUAAUCCCUUUUUUUCCUUUAAAACACCAUAUGACUUAAUUCUAUUAUAAAGAUAUUUUAAUUAUAAUUGCACACAGUGCAUAGAAUUUAUUACUCAUUGUUACAAAGAACUAGUUUCUGUACAAUCUGAAAGUUUCAGAUGUUUUGUGCCCCAAAGUUAUAUCUCUGUUCAGAUCUUUUAUGCUCAUAAUUUUUUCUCUCUGCAAUAACUAGGGUAUGUUUUUAAAGAAAAGUGAAAUUUAGAUCUUUAUACUUAAUGAUUUAACAAAUAACUAUGAAAGAUUUGUUGUGUAAACUUGGGGUCCUUUUUAACCAGCCUGUGAACAAUUAGUUGGGAAGUUGUAUAAUAUAGAAACUACUUCUUCCACAAGAUAGCUGUAUUCUUGGGAUUUAAGAUGAUAUUUUAACUACCUUAUGAACAGUUAUUGGGAAUGUUGGCAUUAUACAAAGUA